GCCCGGCCGCCGCCAUGGCCCUGGCCAAUUACAGCAGCCUGAACCGGGCCCAGCUCACCUUCGAGUACCUGCACACGAACUCAACUACUCAUGAGUUCUUGUUUGGUGCCCUUGCUGAACUUGUAGAUAAUGCCAGAGAUGCAGAUGCCACGAGAAUAGACAUUUAUACUGAGCGACGGGAAGACCUACGAGGUGGAUUCAUGCUGUGUUUUUUAGAUGAUGGAACGGGAAUGGAUUCAAAUGAAGCUGCCAGUGUUAUUCAAUUCGGUAAAUCAGCCAAACGAUCACCUGAGUCAACUCAAAUUGGGCAGUAUGGGAACGGCUUGAAAUCGGGUUCCAUGCGGAUUGGGAAGGAUUUUAUCCUGUUCACGAAGAAAGACAACACCAUGACUUGCCUCCUCUUGUCACGGACGUUCCAUGAGGAAGAAGGCAUUGAUGAGGUCAUCGUUCCCCUGCCCACCUGGAACGCACGAAGCCGGGAGCCUCUGACUGACAACAUGGAGAAGUUUGCUCUUGAGACGGAGCUGAUUUACAAGUAUUCCCCUUUCAAAUCAGAACAGGAAGUGAUGGAGCAGUUUAAUAAGAUCCGUGGUGAGAAAGGCACCCUGGUGAUCAUCUUUAAUCUCAAACUAAUGGAUAACGGAGAGCCAGAGCUGGAUGUGACUUCUGAUCCGCGAGACAUUCAGAUGGCAGAAACACCCCCAGAGGGAACAAAGCCUGAGCGUCGCUCCUUCCGUGCCUAUGCUGCUGUGCUUUAUAUUGAUCCCAGAAUGAGGAUCUUCAUAAAUGGACACAAAGUACAAACCAAACGACUUUCAUGCUGCCUGUACAAGCCAAGGAUGUACAAAUAUACUUCAAACCGUUUCAAGACCCGUGCAGAGCAAGAGGUGAAGAAAGCAGAGCACAUGGCGAGGAUAGCGGAGGAGAAGGCUCGUGAGGCGGAGAGUAAAGCCCGUGCUCUUGAGCUGCGCCUAGGAGGGGAUCUCACGCGGGAGUCCAGGGUGACGCUACGUCAAGUCCAAAACUCUGCAAUAACCAUGCGCCGGGAGGCUGAUGUCAAGAAAAGGAUCAAGGAUGCAAAGCAGCGGGCACUGAAGGAGCCCAAAGAACUGAAUUUUGUCUUUGGUGUGAAUAUUGAGCAGCGCGAGUUGGAUGGCAUGUUCAUUUAUAACUGCAGUCGACUGAUAAAGAUGUAUGAGAAGGUGGGCCCGCAGCUGGAGGGUGGCAUGGCAUGUGGUGGAGUGGUAGGCGUGGUGGAUGUACCCUAUUUGGUUCUGGAACCAACCCAUAAUAAACAAGACUUCGCAGAUGCCAAAGAGUAUCGGCACUUGCUGAAGGCCAUGGGCGAGCAUUUGGCUCAGUAUUGGAAGGAUGUUGCUAUAGCCCAGAGAGGUAUCGUCAAGUUCUGGGAUGAAUUUGGUUAUUUGUCAGCAAACUGGAACCAGCCUCCAUCUAGUGAACUGCGCUACAAACGCCGGAGAGCCAUGGAGAUCCCUACCACGAUUCAGUGCGAUGUAUGUCUGAAAUGGCGGACUCUCCCAUUCCAGCUGAGUUCAGUGGAGAAGAAUUACCCUGAUAGCUGGGUAUGCUCUAUGAACCCUGAUCCUGAACAAGACAGAUGUGAAGCUGCAGAGCAGAAGCAGAAGGUACCACUGGGAACUCUGAAGAAAGACUUGAAAUCACAGGAGGAAAAGCAGAAACAGCUGUCAGAGAAAAUCCGCCAGCAGCAGGAAAAGUUGGAAGCUCUGCAGAAAACCACUCCAAUUCGAUCUCAAGCUGACUUGAAGAAACUUCCUUUGGAAGUGACUACACGACCUGCAGGGGAGAACACCCAGUCACAGACCCGACCUCAGCGCCCGCGAUCUCCUCCUUUACCUGAUGUAAUCAAGAAUGCUCCCAGCAGACCACCACCACCACCUCUUUCCAAGUCCAGCAGUCAGCUGAAAAAGAGCUCUUCAGCUUGGCCAAAUAUCAGCACUCCCAAACUGGCAAGCAUGCUCUCCAAGGAGGAGGCCAGCACUUCCAGGACACACGAGCACACUGUGACAGCUGAGAAGUCUAACAGUGCUUUAAAAACUCUUGCCAAACCAGGUACAACAACGAAACCACCCUCUGCUGCCCUGCAGAACCCCAAAAGCUCACGUGAGACACCCGGUCCAAAAGCCGCCAGGGUGCCAGCACUAAAGAAAUCUGCUACUGUUAAAUGCCCGCAGGCCUCCACCACUCGGAAGAGGACCUUGAAUACCACAGAGGAUGGGUCUGAGGAAGAGGGGGAGCACAAGAAGGAGAAGGCAAAACGGGGCAAAUUUGUGUCAGUGAAAGAAGAGAAGAAGGAUUCCAGUGAGGUGGUGGUAGAGCUCACAGACAGUGCUGGGGAAGAAGAGCUGGCAGAACUGAGGAAAGCUCAGAAAGAUAAAGGGCUGCAUGUGGAAGUGCGUGUGAACAAGGAGUGGUUCACAGGCCGUGUCACAGCUGUGGAAAUGGGCAAGCAUGCAGUACGCUGGAAGGUGAAGUUUGAUUAUGUUCCUACAGACACCACCCCAAGGGAUCGCUGGGUAGAGAAGGGCAGUGAAGAUGUGAGGUUGAUGAAGCCUCCCUCUCCCGAGUACCAGGCUCCAGAUACGCAGCAGGAAGAGGAGGUUGUUGUGGCUGAACCUUCUACCUCAGACUGUGUCAGAAUUGAGCCAGACACCACUGGUCCCAGCAGCAGCCAAGAAACAGUAGACUUACUAGUCCAGAUCCUUCGAAAUUGUUUGCGGUACUUCUUACCUCCAAAUUUUCCUAUCUCCAAGAAGGAGCUGAGUUCCAUGAGCUCGGAAGGGCUGUUGGCAUUUCCCUUGAAAGAAUAUUUCAAACAGUACGAGGUAGGUCUGCAGAACCUGUGCAAUUCAUAUCAGACACGUGCUGACGCCCGGGCCAAAGCCUGUGAAGAAAACCUCCGCAACUCGGAGAGAAAGCUAAAGGAAACAGAGGAGAAAUUGCAGAAGCUGAGGACUAACAUCGUGGCUCUUCUGCAGAAAGUGCAGGAGGACAUUGAUAUUAAUACAGAUGAUGAACUGGAUGCAUAUAUCGAGGACUUGAUCACGAAAGGAGAUUGAGCAGCCCCAGUACAAGUCCUAGAGAAGUGCAGAGGAGCUGGUUGCUGCGAUGGGAGACAUGGAUUCCUGCAGUGGAGGACUAUGGCAGCUGAUGAGGAGAGAGAGUUUUUAGGCAGUACUUGUGUUGGUGUACAACUUGUUCUUGUGACUUUACAUGAAAAAGACAUUUGUGCUGUUGG